GGCGGUAAUACAACUGAGAAGGGAAUCUCAGAAGAAAACGAAAUGUCAGCCCAGUUGAAACUGGUCAUUCGACGAGCUGCUUCUAACGCAGGUGAUGCUGUCACUGCUGCUAGUGCUGCUGCGACAGGCGCCCAAGGUUUCGGUUUUCCUACGGAAUAG